CGGGUUCACGUGAUUGCGCCUGGGGAGAAAACGCCUGACUCCGGCUCCUGGCCUUCACGGUACAACCUUCUUCUCCUGCGGCUUCUCGCCCUUCAGCCACCUGCGCGUCCCAACACACGGUCCCGGGGGCCUCCCGCCCGGAGCCCUGUCCGCCAUGCGGCUUCUGCCUCUGGCCCCAGGUGGGCCCCGGCGUCACCAGCUCUCCUGCAGCCUAACACCGCUACUGCUUCUGCUGGGCUGCUGCCUGGGGGUCUCCCGGGUGGCGGCGGGCUCUCGGAGGCCCAACGUGGUGCUGCUCCUCACCGACGACCAGGACGAAGUGCUCGGCGGCAUGACACCACUAAAGAAAACCAAGGCUCUCAUUGGAGAGAUGGGGAUGACUUUCUCCAGUGCUUAUGUGCCAAGUGCUCUUUGCUGCCCAAGCCGUGCCAGUAUCCUGACAGGGAAGUAUCCACAUAAUCAUCACGUUGUUAACAACACUUUGGAGGGAAACUGCAGUAGUAAGUCUUGGCAGAAGAUCCAAGAACCGAAUACUUUCCCAGCAAUUCUCAGAUCAAUGUGUGGUUAUCAAACCUUUUUUGCAGGGAAAUACUUAAAUGAGUACGGAGCCCCGGAUGCCGGUGGGUUGGAGCACGUUCCCCUGGGAUGGAGUUACUGGUAUGCCUUGGAAAAGAAUUCUAAAUACUAUAAUUAUACCCUCUCUAUCAAUGGGAAGGCUCGAAAGCAUGGUGAAAACUAUAGUAUGGACUACCUGACAGAUGUUUUGGCUAAUGUCUCCUUGGACUUCCUGGACUACAAGUCCAACUCUGAACCGUUCUUCAUGAUGAUCUCCACUCCAGCGCCUCACUCGCCUUGGACAGCCGCACCUCAGUACCAGCAGACCUUCCAGAACGUCUUUGCACCAAGGAACAAGAACUUCAACAUCCAUGGAACGAACAAACACUGGUUAAUUAGGCAAGCCAAGACCCCAAUGACUAAUUCUUCAAUACAGUUCUUAGAUAAUGCAUUUAGAAAAAGGUGGCAAACUCUACUCUCAGUUGAUGACCUUGUGGAGAAACUGGUCAAGAGAUUGGAGUUCAAUGGGGAGCUCAACAACACUUACAUCUUUUAUACCUCUGAUAAUGGCUAUCACACAGGACAGUUUUCUUUGCCAAUAGACAAAAGGCAGCUGUACGAGUUCGAUAUCAAAGUUCCACUGUUGGUUCGAGGGCCUGGGAUCAAACCGAAUCAGACAAGCAAGAUGCUUGUUGCCAACAUCGACUUGGGUCCUACUAUUUUGGACAUUGCUGGCUACAACCUGAAUAAGACACAGAUGGAUGGGAUGUCUUUAUUGCCCAUUUUGAGAGGUGCCAGUAAUGUGACUUGGCGAUCGGAUGUCCUGGUGGAAUAUCAAGGAGAAGGUCGUAAUGUCACUGACCCAACAUGCCCUUCCCUGAGUCCUGGAGUAUCUCAAUGUUUCCCAGACUGCGUGUGUGAAGAUGCUUACAACAACACCUAUGCCUGUGUGAGGACCAUGUCAGCGCUGUGGGACUUACAGUACUGCGAGUUCGAUGACCAGGAGGUGUUCGUAGAAGUCUAUAACCUGACUGCAGACCCACACCAGAUCACCAACAUUGCUAAAAGUAUAGACCCAGAGCUCUUAGGAAAGAUGAACUACCGGCUAAUGAUGUUACAGUCCUGUUCCGGACCGACCUGCCGCACUCCGGGGGUUUUUGACCCCGGAUACCGGUUUGACCCUCGUCUCAUGUUCAACAAUUAUGGUGGUGGCAGGACUCGAAGGUUUUCAAAACAUCUUCUGUAGCGACCUCUGCAGUUGGGUCCCUGCACACCUCUCUCUGAUGAAGUGAUUGUAGUAGGUGUCUGUAGCUAGUCUUCAAGACCACACCUGGAAGGGUUUCCGAACUGGCUUUACGUCGUUUUAAAAAGCAACCCAGUCAGCUGACCAACCUGUGCAAUGUGUUAAACUGUGAACUCUGCCCUCACGUCAGGAGCGGCUUUCCCUGGUCCCUCAUUCAGCUCAUCCCACUGCUCCUGAGGUCUUUGCUCCCACCAUCCCCUUUCUGUCCUGGGGCUGCAGUUCUUGGUUACUCCCCAUGCAGUCCAAGUCUCAAUUUAUAAACCCAUUCAGAUAAAUGGCAGUGCUUUGGGGGGCAAUGUUUUUGAUCUACAGCUUGAACUAAAAUCAAAGGAUCUGUACAGCAUUUCAGAUUGAGCACUUCACUAUCAAAAAAUACUAACAUCACAGGGCUUGAAGAAUAACUAUUAGAGCUAAAUCAUCUGAUUAAGAACAAGUACCAUUGUCUAGAAUAGCAGAAAUGUAUCAUUGAUAAUAUUCAUCACAGUGUGAUGAGAUAAGGGUGCAAAUUCAAACCACACACUAUCAACCACACACUGUUCGUUUUGGGGGCAUUCUGGGCUGGUACUGCACUGAAAUAGAAGCAGGCUUCGGUACAGGCUAAUUCCCAGUGGUUAGUGCCAGUGAGAGCCAGUGGUGUCAAGGGUGUGUCUGUUCUCUCCAUACUUCUCCCUCUGAGCACUGAAAAAUGAAGUGGGUUGGGUAAACUCAGCAGAGAAAAAUGACUUCUGAGCAUUGGUGAAGCUUGUGUUUCUGAGGGCCUUCUGCAGGUAGGGGCCCCCCGGCUGGCAGGCCGAAGGGCUCCGGUUGGGGUGCAGUAAGUGCCUGUCCAGCAGGGAGUCUGGGUUUCAGUCCCAGUGAAGUUGUUCUGAUUCUGCAUUUUGCUGACAUUCUGUUCAUUUAAGAUACAGAAAUUUCUUACAGUUGAUGAAAGUAUCAGCUUCUUCACCCUAUCUUCUUCCCUUUCAGUUUCUUCCUGUUUGGGGGGUCAUGUGUAAUUUCAGCCUCAUUCACUAUUCUCAUCAAAACCAGAUGUUGCUGAGGUUUCCUCACUAUUUAGAACACCUAUAUUUUUCUGUUUCUUGGCUUGAAGCCCAAUCCCAUUUCCACCCUUUUCUUCACAAGAAAGCCGAUUGGUGGAGGGACAGCAGGAAAGGAGGAAGAGCUGUGGUUUGUGACCUGUUCAACUCAGGCAGUAGCGAUUUUAGCUUUAUUUAAGGUCUUAGGCUGAGCUUUAAGCACUGUGUGAGACAUGGUCAUAAGCAACUUUCCUAGCAGAAUGCCAGCGAACCGUGGUGGGUUAAUAGCUGUUGUGUUUAUUCCUGUACCUCAUGCAGCCCCACUAACUGGUGGCAUUUAGAGGUGAAGUAAGCAAAUGAAGUGAACACCUCUGCUGUGAAUGUUUUAGGGAAAAAUAAAGAUUUGUAACUAAAAGCAAAGUACAAUGUUAAACAUGGGUUUCAGCUUUAUUCUAUACUUUUGAUUCUUAACAUUACUCAGUCAAUUUCCAAAUCAAUGCCAUAGUUACUCCCGAAUAAAAAGAAACCAACUCUUGUACUGUGAUGUCAUCUUACUCACUUAAUUCAUUUUAUGAUGCUGGUUCCUGGAAGCAGGUACAGUCAUAGAGCGACCCACCAGUCAGCUGCCAACACAUCCCUGUCAUGUUGCUCUGACGGCCAGUGGGCUUCCGUCAGGUGAUGGGGACACAGCGAGGCUCUGUUGGUGCGUCUCCUGCCCAACUGUUGAACGGCCUCCAGGGGGACUCUUUCCCUGGGGAAGGCUUCAUUCUGGCUCUGUGCUGAAAUCUUUCAUGAAGAGGCCUCAGCUUACAGAGUCUAGGAGACUACAAAAUGCACUGAACUUUUGAAAAUGUCUGUGUACAAGGGACCCACUGCCAAGAGGCUUGCCUUGGUUUCCUUUUAAUUGUACUCUUAAAUUUUAUUUUCUAUUGUAAGAAGGCCAGAUCCAUAUCUGUUGGUACUCUUCAGAGUAGAGAACUAUAUACCCAUUAAUAAUGAAGAAAGGCCAUAGGAAUAGAUAGAUUUUUUGCCUUAUAAAAAUCUAUUACAAAGCUCUUCCUCAUAUACAGUUACCAAGUAGGAAACACCUUUUGAACAUCUUUGGAUUUUACCAAUGGUGCUGUUGCAAAAUACAUGGGGGAUCAAUAUAUUUUGUCAAUACAAAUUGACAGCGCUAGGGUUUGUACAAAAUAGAAAUGAUAGCCAUGGAAGUUAUACCUUAAUCUAUAAAAAAUGUUCUUAAUUUUCAAGUAUCUAAGGAUUUGUGCUCUUUUUUUUUUAACAAAAGAUUUGUCCCAGGAUCCUUAUAGAAAGCAAAGGUAUUUCACCUGAUCCACCAGUGGAGUUAGAUGGGAAUAUUUGGGUUCUUUAGUUUUACCUCCACUUACAUCCCACUGAACUUUGUGAACUCCUGUUUGCAUCAUCUUGUCCUGGAAGUUACUCCGCCCUGGUUCUGUGUCAUUUCAGUCAUUUGACUUAGAAAGUGCCCUUCAAAGGACCCUGUUCACUGCUGCACUUUUAAAUGAAUUAAAACUUAUUUCUAUUCUA